CCGCAUCUGCAAUAAAUAAUCCACAUUUAACUUCAUUUAAUUGCAAUGCAAUGUGUUUAUUUAAAUAAAAAAGAUAAUAUACAAGAAUAUUUGUUUUCAUAAAUGUAGAUAUGUCGUCAUGGAGACUAAUCUUAAAAAGUUAUCGAUCAAACGAAAGCAAUGUAUCGUCGGUCGGUCGCGUGGGGCUCGUCAGUCGCGAUGUCGAGGGAGGCGAGCGAGGCGGUGCACGGCGCGGCCCCGUCCCCCGCGCCCCCGCUGCACCCGCGCUCUUUCAAGCUGCGGUUUGCUGCACAGCGUGAACUCGGCCGAUCUCACAUUUCGGCCGUUAAACCCCUCGCUUUACCGGCUACGGUGACGGGCAAGCUGCAGCGGCGCGCGGAGGGCGAGGAGUGCGCGGCGCGGGAGGCGCGCGCGCUCGUUCGCGUGUCCGACAUGUUCCGCUUGGGACCAAGGGACAAGUACCCCAUGUCGCAUGUUUCAUCACACGAGUACGGGUGGUGGUGUGAGCACGGUGGGCGCUGGCAUGAGUCCAGUUGGCUUCACCAUCACAUCUGCGACUCCGCCUGGCUCAAGGAAAGGCUUAGAGUGUUGGCUGCAGAUGCCAGCUAUAAGCGAUGUUAACUUAAAAUACAAAUCAUUUUUUGAAUAAGGAUAACCUUAUCUUGACUAUUAAAUUCAAGUUUUUGAUGAUUUAUUUUAAUGAUAUACUAUCCAUCUAUUAACUAUUGAUUGAUUUUAGAGAAAAAAAAUGU